CUCAUGUUCAUGUUUGGUCGACUUGAGAAAUGUGCUCUUAAAUCAAUAUGCGAUUGUGAGUCUCCAGACCAACUAUCAACAAGUCAAACAGACAUGCCAAAGAGACAUGCAAACAUGCAGACCGAUGUAUUCACGAGCAGCCAGACGUGCAGCAGCCUCUCAUCCAUCCAUCCAUUCAGUCAGCCAGCCAGCCAAUCUACCUAAGACCACACAGGCAGCCAGAGAGGCAGGGAAGCAGACAUGGAUGUGUGAUAUCUAGCAUUCAUCCAUCUGCUGAGGCCCGUCAGUGUUCUCGUUAAAGCCGGUCCAGCCGACUGAGUCUACAAUCUCAUAUUCGGCACACGGCACGAGCGCACACCAAGUGCGGGGCUCGCCAGUGGUGACUGGCUCAUACACCGACCGGUUGUGCUGCCGAGAAAGAUCCACCCUGCACGCCAACAAGGAUAGCAAGGGCAAUCAUCGAUCGAUGGAUGACUGUGUGUGGCCGUGUUAGUCACCUGCGCACGAGGGCACGGUACUCGACGAUCUGGCUGCCCACGGGUGUCCUCUCGUUGGCGAUGGCUUGCAGGAUCUCCUUCUCGGAAGGGACCUUCAUCGAAUGCAGCUGCUCCCAUUUGUCGCUGCACCCGCCGCCCUUGGUCUUUUUCCCCUUCCUGGAGAAGGUGGCCAACACCAAGAGGGACCCCCGCCACUCCCCCGCCCCUCGCCGACCUCACGCAACUAAGCAAAGAAACACACACACACACACACACACACACAAGAAACACACACACACACACACAGGUGAAGGCCAGUGAAUACACUCUGCUCGUGUCCCAUUUGUGAUUCCUGAUCUUUUUCAUGCAUUACGGAACCGCGCAUGAAGGCCAGGGUGUUGUCAUACUCAACACCCUGGAUGCGCACGAGCGGUCUGGGCUUCCUGGUGGUGCCCGUGGACUCGUACCAGCGAUCCUGAAGCGUCUUGGUUCGACGCUCGGCACCAUGGCCACGCAGACGAUCUGACAGAAAGGGAUAUGGACAAGUGUGCAUGGAACAUCAAGCGAUGAAUGCCAUUCCUCUUCCCUACUUGCGUGCAGGUCGGUUGCAAACUUGGCUACAAGAGUGACGCACCCAUUCGCUAUGCUGGAAUGGAGGGCGAGUCGUUGGUCGGGCGUGUAAGGGACUUGCUCGGGGUACUCGAGGCCGUCGAAUGAGGUCUCCAGCACAAAGGCCGGCUCGGGGCUCUGCUGCGUGACCUCCGGCAGCUCGUCAAGGCCCAACGCCUUCUCCAGCGCAGCGCGGCUCUCAGCGUCCUUGUCAAGGGACACCUAUUGGGCAGACCAGAGCACACAGACACGCCGACAUGCACAUUGAUGCAUUCGCUUGUUCAGUGUAGUGGUCACCUGAGGUUUCUUAGCGCCCUUCAACUCUACUUCUGCAGCCUCAGUGGCACGAUUCCCCUGCCCUUGCCCCUCUCCCCCGUCCAGUACUAUCACGUCGGCACUCGAAGACGAUGACGCACCUGCGGCAGCUGCAGCCGAUGUGGAUGACGGCUCGUCCGCCACGCCGAAAAGCUCCUUGAGCCCCAGGUCGUCAUCCUUGUUAAGCUCGAUGAUGACGCGAAGAUGGCCGUCCUCAUCUUCGUCGUCGUCAUCGUGCUCGCUGAAACGGCCAGCCUUCUCGAGGAAGCGGCUCAGCACGGCUGGUGAAGGGAGGGGAGGAGCCGAUGAGUCGUCUCGCUCUAACACACACAUACAGCAGGCAAUACAUCGCAUCAACAACCGCUGGUACGCACUAUGAGAGAGAGCUCACCCGUGGACAUGUCCAGAAACUUGCAAUUCUCCUCUACUUCUGCCUGCAAUGCCGCCUGCCUCUCCGCCUUUACCAUCUCUAGGCUCUCCUUUGAGUGCUCUUGACAUUCCAUGACCUCUCGCGUCUGCACAAGAAGACAAGACAUAUUGCAUCAUGACUCAAACACUUCUCUGUCCUGUCUUGUUUGUAUCUGACCGAGUUGAAGAGCGUCCUCAUCGUCUCGGACAACGUGACGAUGUCCUUGAAUCCCUCCUCUCCCAUGUGCAGCAACGGAUUCUGCACGCCACCAAAGGCCUGCAACAUCCUGCUCACGUGACGCUUCACGAUGUCCAU